AACAACUUUUUUUCGCACUGCGCGCGGCAGACGACAGACGAGACGUGCCGAUAGCCUCAGCCUCCAUCAACACUUUCUCAGCUCUGGCAGAGUCAAGCCAAACGGACGGCGAAAGCCUAGGCCUAGAUAGUGUUGGCCUAGGAAUUAGGUAUUAAUAAUUAAGAAAAUGGAAUGGAAAGGAGGGAGAAAACCAUCACGAGGAAGAGUGCACCACCCCAAAGAUGUGAUCGCUCUUGGAUCAAAAGGCUCAGAUGUCAAAACCUCAUCCGCAGCAAGACCCUCAAUUCACGACCGUAAACGUGAAGCAGGAUCAUCAUUACAACAAUUUGAGCCAAAGCGCAAGUUGUUGAGCUCAACCCUAACGCCUCUAGGUACCAAGAUGUUGAGCCCAACCCUAACUCCUCUGGGUAGAGGUUUUGAAAUUGGAAAGAACGCUUCACCAAGCUCAUCAACUACUACACACGGGGACUCAAUUGCUAUAGAAGUUCUUCCAAGGGAACUUGUUGAUAAGGUGCUGGAAGCAGAUAGUAAUGAAGAGGAAGACCACGUAGACGCUCUGCUGUGUGGAGCUAUCAAAAACAUGAAGCAGAAUCGAGCCAAACCCGACUCCACACUGUACCUAGCAUUGAUGUAUCUUGCUAAGUCCAAGCCUUACUUAUUUCUUUCAAAGGUUGUAAUGGAGUCAAUCUGCAGUUUGCUGAAGCGUGACAUCGGUCUUAGCUUCAAGAGUAAAGGUAACCCGUUGGUGUCGGUACUUGCCUGUAACCUGCUGAUGACUGCAUUUUCUGAAGAAGACAACUGGCCUGAAGAUUUUGUUAAAGUAUAUAUUGAGGAUAGCCUGGGAGAGAGAGUUUGGGUUGACCAACCAAAAUGCAAGGAAUUCAUAACCAAUGUGCUGACUGCUUUUGGGACGAGAUUGCCACCGCAAAGCAUAGAUCCAUUUUCAUCAAGAUUAGUGAGUGGUUCACCUGAUAUCUCCAGUGCAAGUGCUAGUCCUUCUCAUGAUGAUGGUGAUGCUGUGUCUGAUGCUGGCGAUAGUAUUGCGGCAGAUGUUACAGAAUCCCUGACUUCACAAGAAUCUAUCAACUUUACAAGCCCAAGGUACAGCCUGAUUGCAAACAGUAUUGACAAAUAUAUUGUGGAUUUGUUGAAAGAACAGUUGGCGCGUCGACAGGCGAUGGAUAUUCCACGCAACCUGCUGAGGCUGUUGACGGUGACUGCUGGUUUGACGGAGGUUCGAUUACUCGUGGUGCAGCGACUGGAGAUGUGGCUACAGAAUCCAAAGAUUACAAGACUUGCGCAAGAAGUGUUGAUGUCAAUAUGUAUGAACUGCAGCGGAAAAAACCCAAGUGACCGCGAUCUUAUUAGCCAUCUAAUCAAAAUACGCAUGAAGACCAAGCAACUCGUAAGUCACUACAUGGCGUGUAUCAAGGAGCUUGUUGACUUUGAUCCUGAAAAUUUGAGCAUCGUUAUAAAACAUGUUAUCUACAAUGAGUUAUCAAGUGCCAGAAACCCAAACAAUAUGGUGGUGUUGUCAACCCUCUUCAGCCACUCACCAGAAGCAAGUGCUAACUGUCUGGCAAAUGUAUUCCAAGAGCUGUUGAUGAACAGGGAUGAUUACUUGCGGGCUGUACGAGCAUUAUUCCGGGAAAUUGUCCGCUCUCUACGUUAUGAAAUUGAUAUGCCAGCAUUUUGUCGUGGACUGAUGAAAGAACGUCUUGAUUCAACAUUUAUUGAUUUAGAUCAACAAAUUAAGGAGCGAAUGCUACAAAGCACAACUGACCUGCUGUCGUUGUCUAUUAUGGUGUUGGCUGUUUCACCAACUGUCAAAGAAGCCAAGGACAGCCGCAAUAACCCAGACAGUAAAGACAUUUUAAGAAACGUCAGGAAAGUUGUGUCGAAGAUCCAUCGUGACGCAGUCUGGUGGCUUCACACAGUGGUUCCCAAGAUGUAUCAGAAUAUUCAAACAACGUUUCUGCCAUGUUUACGUAAAGUUCUUUUAAUGGAUGCCUUAGAGUCUUAUUGUAAGGUGGACAACUGGCCUCAAGAAAUUGAGCGAUCAGUCAUGGCAUACCUGUUCUUUCAAGGUAUUCCAGUUGAGGAAGACACGUUAAUACGCCUGCUUUUAAUGGGCUUGAAUCAGUUGCCUGUCCCCGCCCAGGAAGCAUUUGACAUCAUUGAUUUCAUUGUCAAACGGGCCGUUGCUGGGGUGAUAAAAACUUUUGAUUACAACUGUAUUCAUGUGGAGAAAAAACAGUUAAUUGACUUUGUGUUGGAUCUCAGUGCUUAUCAUCACCCUGACAACAUAGCAUUGCCACAGGGAUUUCAACCGCCAAGCCUUGCUAUAUCCAAGUUGUAUUGGAAAGGAUGGUUGUUGCUUGUCAUUAUUGCUGCUUUCAAUCCAAGUAGUAUUGGUCGUAUUGGAUGGGACAAUUAUCCAAUGCUUAAAUGUUUUAUGGAGAUGGUUAUGACAAAUAACUACACCUACCCACCACCAACAAACGCAUCUGAUGAGAGAUCUGCAGAGGAUGCUCAUAACAGGGAGCUACAGAUGUGUAAUAUGGAGAAGCACGAUAUCUUGGAGUUUGAGACUCACCUUGCAGCAGCUUCAACUAAGACCCAGAUUACCGAGGCGACCAGUCUUUUCCUGCCCCUCUUGAUGUCCAUGGACAAACAUGGUGCUGCAAGAAAGCCACCAGCAAGUGUUCUUGAAGAACUCCGUAAGUUAAAUCAUCGUGUGCAGUUAGGAAUUCGUUUGUGUAGAAGUAGAAACCCAGACUUCCUGUUGGAAAUCAUUCAAAGACAGGGAACAUCACAAUCCAUGCCGUGGUUGGCUGACCUUGUUAAUUCAUCAGAAAGCUCUCUAGACGUGUUGCCUGUCCAGUGUCUUUGUGAAUUCCUGUUACACGAUUCAGUCAACGCAAGUGAAGACAGGCAAUUUGAGGUUGAAACCGAAGAAGAGCAGAAUCAAAAAAGACAGAAAAUCAACAAGCAUGAGCAGUUGUUACGGCGUUUACAGUUCCUUAUCAGCGGAACUCAAAGUGAAGCACAAGCCACUUGCGAGGUCCUUGACUACUUCCUCCGCAGACUCAGCUCCCAGCAUCGCUCAGCCAGAAUUCAAGCUUCCAAGGCACUCUCUGAUGUACUGUCAAAUGAAGACCAAUAUUCGGCAACUGUCUCUGAUGAAGCGGACACAUACUGCAGUAAAUUGAUAGAGACACACGCCUGGCUACUACAAGCUAUGCCCUCCUUAUUACAUUUUGAUUCUGUCCAAGAACAGGCUUGCCACGCCCUUACACAAGCAUGCCAAGUAGAAACGGAUCCACAAGCCAUCGCGGCAUACUUAGUGUUUCUUUCAAGUCAAGCUCCAAUACACCAGCUGCAUAAUAUGGCAAGUCUAGCCCUGGACUUGGCUCAGUUGAUUGUUGAAAGGCCAACCAUAAUGCAUUGCGUUUUAUGCCGAGACAAAGAGACCAACGAAGUUGCCGACCAAUCAUUGGCGGCCAUGAUCGCAAUAUUCAGUAGAUAUUUAAGGAAAGCAACACUACAAAAGGAAGAAGCAUACUCAUGGUCUGAUACACAAGACCAAGUGUUUGUUCGAUGGCCUGGCGGUCAAGCGGCCACUGUCAACAUCCUGGUAGUACAUGCUAUGGUCAUCCUUUUAACAUACGGCCAGCCAAAAUGUAAGAGUGAGUUUUUGUUUUUGCUCGAUGCUUGGUUUCCCGAAGACAGUGCCCCUCCAUCUGCGUUUCUUGUUGACACAUCAGAAGAAGCGCUUCUUUUACCUGAUUGGUUGAAGCUCAGGAUGAUACGCUCCACUGUACCAAGACUUGUUGACGCAGCUCUGCAUGAUUUAGAGCCAGCCCAGUUAAUAUUAUUUAUCCAGUCUUUUGGGAUACCAGUUGCUAGUAUGGGGAAACUGAUGAGUCAUCUGGAUAACGCUGUCCACAAUGACUUUGCAUCAAUGGAACAAGCGGUUGUGGACAAGUCGUACAUGGCACAGUUAGUGGAAGUACAGCACAUGAGAGGGGCUAGUGGAGGCCAUGAUUUCCUUAGGCUGCUAGGAUGCGGUCAACAAGAGCCCGCUAAAGAUGAUGUUGUGAUGGAGUCGGUAGAACCAGAAGUGAUUGUGCAGAAGGUGAGGUUGAAGCAAGUGCAGCAUAGAGACACCAGUGAGUGGAAACUUGUCCUAACACAGGUUUUUAAAGCAGAUGACAAAAAUAGAACAGCAUUGAAAUUAUUAAGAGACAUUCAGCGAAUAUCCUACAACAGCGGCACACAGGCUGAAGCAGGACGCAAGUGUAUGGCAAGUCUACUGCAAGCUGUUCACCAACUGGUAACAGAAGACCAAGAAUUCUUAAACAACUUCAUUAACCGUCACAGUAUCUCAUCAUGUUUCCUUAAUCUUCUUAUAACUUAUCAGAAUUCAUGUAAAACAGGUAGCAAUCAGUUACUCAAUGAACUGCUUGAGAGACUCGGACAAAGGCUUUCCUCCAGCCAAACAACUCCACUCUCAAACGUCAUCAAACACGCUAAAGCCAAACUGGCAAGAUCAACUGCCUUCACUAUUGAAAAUGUUAGCUUUAGCAAGUUGCAGUUGGAUGAAAUACUGCAAGACUGCUUUGGCCAGGCGGCUCAGUCCACAUCAAUCAAAGUCAGAUCUAAACAGAUCGUUGAUGUUUUGUCUGAGGAUGCAAGAUUGAAGACUGCAAUUCAGCAAUCCAAAGAUGAACUAUCCACAGAUGGAGAACUACUGGAGUCUACGGCAGGGUUACUGGUUGAUUGGUUUGAGCUAUUACAGCCAGAAAUCGUAGAUGCUGCUUCAGAAUUCCAGCAAUGGCUACUCUUUUCAAGAAAGAUAAAAAGUGAUAGUAGUGGGAAAAAGCAGUAUUCAGGGAGUGCAUAUCUACUAGCUGUACUCACUCAUCAAGCGAACUGGGAACAUUUAAACCACUGUAUCUCAUGGCUUCUGACAUUGGAUGACCAACAACUGAACAAGAUACAGGCAUCAGCUGCCCUUGACUUUAUUUGGGCUUGUCUUCACAUUCCAAAGAUUUGGCAGGGCAGGACAUUCAAGGCGCAAGAGAGCCUGUCAGGGGAGAAUGUAUUGUGUCUGUCUGCACGGCAGGUCUGUACCCUUGCGCGCUACAUAAUCACAGAAGCUGAGGCCCUGUCGAUGGUUCAUGAUGCCAACUCGGAGGAAAACAGACACAAAAAUGGACAUUCGUCAGACAUUAUACAAGCAAGACUGCCAUUGCUGCUUAACUGCUGCCAAGAUAAUGGCAGAGCCAUGGAUGAACUUGUCGCUCACUUAUCAAGCAAGAUGAUGCUCAGCAAUAGCCAGUCCAGUCUUUACCAAACCUUGCUUCUAGAGCUCUACAUCCAAACACCUGUGGAGAGUGAUUUGGUUGCCAUGGUGAACCUAGGUGAUGUGCUCAUGAGUAACAACCAUGCAAAGGUGGACGCAUUAACACACAGACUGCUGCUGUCAUUGGUGGAUGUACACAACCAGGACAAGUGGAAAACAAAGGUAUCCAAAGCAAACUCAGCAUGUAGAAAGCUAGCCUCUGUUCACCCAAUCCUCAUGCUAAGACAACUUGGAAUGAUAUCCGUGCUGUGUCAGGGUCGCACCAACGUCAGCUUCCAUGAGUUCAGGAACCGAGGUCUCACCGUAUUUUUCAUGAAUAUCUUGGGUUUGAUGGAACUGCUAGAGCCUCAGCUGUUUAAGCAAGAUGUCAAUGCAUUUCACUCAAUCCUUGAUGCCUACUUUGGGGUGAUUAAGCGUUAUGGAGUUCAUAAGAAGGCAUUUGAGGUUAUGUACCGGCGUUUUGUAGUGUUGCUUUAUGAGUACAAUGCAUUCUGCCCCACUGCUGCACAAGCCAUCCUUGAAAAGUAUGCCACUAUUCUAAAUGAAUUAUCACUGGUGCUACCUGACCUACACCAAUUAAAAUGCAUACUGGCUGGCAUAACGCUGACGCAUACGUCCAAGGAUCAUGCAGAUAAUACAGACAACACCUUCAAGGCAGAGACGGCUGAGGAGGUGUUUGGCUUACCUAGCAGAGACAGCACGGCCUCUCCCACUUUGCUUGUGUGUAAGGACCAGAUUUGGGGACCAUCUUUGAUAGCCAAAUUCACUGAUAGAUUAAGUAGCCACCAGGAUUUUGAAGAUGUCACAGAUGCUUUGCAUGACCUUGAUGAGCAGUCAAGUAGAAUCCCACAGGUCCUUGACAACUUUGCAGCAGACCUGAUGAGGUUAAUGUGUGCUCCUUCUGUUGAGUGUAGAAUUAUGGCAUUUUCUCUCAUCAUUAAACUUCUUCGCCAGAAUCCAAGCACAUCCAUCAAGUUUCUGCCAGCAUUCUUGCAAUGUUUAGACAGCUCAGACAAUGAAGUUAUCGAGACAGCGCUUAAACAUUUGCCAGAGUUUUGUCUACUCUGUCAAGAAUCGGCUCGCAUUCUUCUUGAGAAAGCUUUUCGUGUUGGAGUUGAGAAGAAGCUUGAUGCUACAGCGAUCAUAAGCGACACCAUGCAACUACUUAAUAUGGAGAUGUUAUCAUCGUAAAAUGGCAAUCAGGUUGACACGUCACAGAGUCACCUGACCAACCAUGGUCAUGUGAUGCCCAUCCACCAUGGCCAUGUGAUUGCUGUAGUAAUACUGUAUAUUGUAUCAACUGCAAUUCUGAAUAAUAUUUGUAGAGAUUUUGGAUAAUUAUGCUUACUUGUUGCUAUUGAUAUGGAACAGUAUAAUUUUGUUGGUUUUGAUUGGGGUGGGCUGUACUUGAGAGAAAUUUUAAUUACACUGGAGGCUAGUUAGCACUUCAUGACCGCAAGGAAUAAGCCCUAAAGGGCACCAAGUAACAAGUGAUUUGUCCAGUGUUUUUUUCUGUUAAUACUGAUUAUUAUUAUUAUUAAUAGAGAUAAACACUAUGAUGUGGUACAGUAGUAGAAUUUUUUUGUAAAAUGGAAUGUGUUAGGGUUCAUCAUAAGUUGGCGUUCCAACUUCCUAUCCAACCUUAAUGUCAUCAGGGAGUUGGUGAUUGGUCCUCAUUUUGACAGUUGACCAGUGGCUGAUAGCACCCUGUCCAGUAAUUUUCAUCCAGUAUCUGCAGUAUACUUCCACUCUUAUUAGGAGCCUAUUUUUAAUUUAGAAAAUCCUAAUAACAAAAUUACCACUUAGUCAUGUCUAUUACCUUUCAGCCUAAAUACAUAAUGCUUUUAAAGCUAAGAAUAAAUAAAUGAUAUUCCCACUUCAUUAGUGCUAUUCAACUUAUAAAGUUGCCCCUUAAAAAUGAGUACCUUAGUUGAGAGCUUUGCUAAAUACAUCGGUUGUAGUAUUUAAAGGUGAAGUGUGUAAAAAUUUUAUUUAAAAUGUAUCUACAGACCGGUAAGUGUAAACAUUAAACAUUUGCUAAGACAAAGAACACUUUUUUUUAUUAAUAUUAUACAAAAUAAAAUGCAGAUAUUCAAAUUAUUGAAUAAAGUAUACACAAAAAUGACAG